AUGCCCUCCCCAACCUUCCUAGCCCGCACCUUCAACGAACUCGGCAUCACCACCCUCCUCAACUCUCCCCGAGACGUCCACAUCCUCCUAUCAACACGCUUCAUCCGCAUGUUCGCCUACGGCUCCUCAACUCUCAUCCUCGCACUGUUCUUCUCCGCGUUAGGCCACUCAGACACAGCCAUAGGCCUAUUCAUGACCCUCACCCUCGUCGGAGAUGUCCUCAUCUCGCUCCUGCUAACCCUCGUAGCGGACCGGCUAGGUCGACGAAGAAUCUUACUUCUUGGAGCGUUGCUGAUGGUUCUGUCCGGAAUGGUGUUUAGUAUGGUGUCGAAUUACUGGGUUUUGCUUCUCGCAGCCGUGGUGGGAGUCAUCAGCCCGAGCGGGAAUGAGAUCGGACCUUUCCGGGCGGUGGAGGAGAGCACGUUGGCGCAUCUAACGGAGGCGAAGACGCGAAGCGAUAUCUUCGCUUUGUACGUCGUUGCAGGGACGCUGGGGGCUUCCGGAGGGACUCUGGUGGCGGGAUGGAUGACGCAGUCGGUGCAGAGUUCAGGGUGGAGCGAUAUUGCAAGUUUUCGUUUGGUAUUCUGGUUGUAUGCCAUCAUAGGUUUCGUCAAGGCUGGCAUGACGCUACUGUUGAGCAAUAAAUGCGAGCCACAGCCUGAAGAUCAUCGACCAAGCGAAGUGGAGAUGAGACGAACCGAAGGACAACAGCAACAGCAACAGCAAAACGAGCAACACCAACCAUUCCUCGAAGACGAAGACGACAAUGACGAAGAAUCGACCUCGAAACCUCCUCCUCCGCCUCCAAAGAAAACUAGCUGGUUCCAACUCUCGGAGAAGUCAAAAUACACAUUGCUCAAGCUCUGUGGGAUUUUCUUCUUCGAUUCACUCGCUAGUGGAAUGGUGCCGGUAUCACUUAUCGCGUACUAUAUCAGCAAUAAGUUCGACGUUGCGGAAGGUACACUCGGGACCAUCAUGGCAUCUGCGCAGUUCAUCUCGAGUAUUGGGAAUAUCUUCGCCAGUUCUGUGGCGAAGCGGAUUGGGCUUGUGCGGACGAUGGUCUUCACCCAUCUCCCCUCAGCAAUUUUCCUCCUACUGCUUCCCGCGCCGUCCUCGCUAUUCAUGACAAUCGUCCUCCUCAUCGCCCGCUCCGUCCUCAACUCCAUGGACCAGGCGCCGCGAAGUGCAUUCCUAUCAGCAGUAGUCCUCCCCGAAGAACGGACAGCCGUCAUGGGAAUCGUCAACACCGUAAAGACAAGCAGUCAGAGCUCAGGGCCUUUGAUCACGGGUGCACUGGCAGCGAGCAAGCGUUUCUGGAUUGCGUUCGUGAUUGCCGGAUCUCUGAAGGCAUCAUAUGAUGUUAUGAUGCUCAGCAUGUUCAGGAACACGCCACUGGAAGGUGACCGAGGCAAUCGAUCGCAGCGUUUUCAAGAGCCCGAAGGUGCUGAAGACGAUGAUCAAGAUGGAGGUCGUCAAAGAUCUUGA